ACUGCGUUGGGGAGCGGCGGCGGCUGGUCCGGCUUCGCUGUGCGCGCUGCUCUCUCAGGGGGCUCCGCAGGAAUUUCCUUGGACUUGAUGUAAUGUUCAAAUUCAGAAAUGCCUUACGUGGAUCGUCAAAAUCGUAUUUGUGGUUUUCUAGACAUUGAAGAAAAUGAAAAUAGUGGAAAGUUUCUGCGGAGAUAUUUUAUAUUGGACACAAGAGAAGAUAAUUUGGUAUGGUACAUGGAUAAUCCACAGAAUCUUCCCUCUGGAUCUCCACCGGUUGGAUCCAUUAAACUUACCUACAUUUCAAAGGUUAGUGAUGCAACUAAGCUAAGGCCAAAGGCAGAAUUCUGUUUUGUCAUGAAUGCAGGGAUGAGGAAAUAUUUUCUACAAGCCAAUGAUCAGCAAGACUUAGUUGAAUGGGUAAAUGUCCUGAACAAAGCUACCAAAAUCACAGUACCAAAGCAAGCAGAUCCACUGUCUCACACUGAUAAUCGAGCAUGUCACACUGAAAAUCUGGGUUUAAAGAAGCAAAUGUCUUACAGAACAGAGAUUGUUGGUGGUGUUCCCAUAAUUACCCCUACUCAGAAAGAAGAGAUAAACGAAUGUAGUGACGGUGAUAAAAACUACUUGAAACGGUCCCAAAGCCACCUUCCUUACUUUUCUGCUAAACAUCCCCCAGAUAAUGCUGUGAUCAAAGCUGGCUACUGCGUUAAACAAGGAGCAGUGAUGAAGAAUUGGAAAAGAAGAUACUUUCAGUUGGAUGAAAACACGAUAGGCUAUUUUAAAUCUGAACUGGAUAAGGAGCCUCUUCGGAUUAUACCACUGAAAGAGGUUCAUAAGGUCCAGGAAUGUAAACAAAGUGAUAUACUGUUGAGAGACAAUCUAUUUGAAAUUGUAACAACUUCUCGAACUUUUUAUGUACAGGCAGAUAGUCCGGAGGACAUGCACAGCUGGAUUAAAGCAAUUUCUGGUGCAAUAGUAGCACAGCGGGGACCUGGAAGAUCAGCAGCUUCUGAGCAUUCCAACUGUUCUUCAGAAUCCAGCUGUCCUGCAAAAACAGCAGCAGCCACCUCACAUUCCACAACCACUCACAACCCCACUUUGGUCCAAACCCUUAACAGCAAGUCCCUUGUCUUGGAGAAGCGAAGAUUUCACGAAUCUUUUACCAAGGCCAAGCCAGGGAGCUUCAAGAUCCAGGCUAUCCCUUCAAGAGACCCAACUUCCAAAGUGACUCUACAGGGCCUAUUGGAACCUCAAAAUAAAAAUGGCACUCAGGAACAGGAUCCUGGCCCAGUGGACCUGGAUGAUGCAAGCCUUCCAGUCAGUGAUGUGUAAUAAUGGGGAAGAAAUUGCAGAAUGAUACAUUUGUUUUUGGUCCAUGAAUUUUCUUGCUCAGACUUUUAGCCAAAGAUGACUAUGGGAUGAAAGAACAAAGAAUGGAAUGUUGCUUAUAUAGAUCUGUAUGUGUGUGCAUACAUUCAAAUUCAUGUAUGCUUAACUAGUCAUAUGCUGCCUUGUACUGAUUAUCAGAGUGGGCCUUUUGCUGUUUCAGAAGCCUGAUGAUGAAUCUUUUUAAUAGGAAGGGGCCAAAAUACAUGAUUUAAACAUUACUGUUGUCAAUAAGUAAGGUACCAACUGCUCUUCAUCAUCAGUUUGGCAAAACUGAAUAGCAUCUUAGUGGUAUAAUAAAAGAAAUGUCAACAUGUAACUUAAUUAUACUGUAGUUCAGAUUAUUGACAAGCAAGUUGAUUUAUUUUCUGAAAAUACUGGCAUGGCCAUUCAGACAUCUGAAUAUAUGUAUACAGAGUCUGUUCUUACAGAAUCAAGAUUGCGGAACUUUAUUGUGUCUGGUGGUGACCUAAUGCACUUUUCCUAUGCAAAGUAAUCCCAUCCCAACCCCACAUACUGCUCAUGCUGCAGUGUCUGAAAAGAGGCGUGUUUUCCCUACGAUGAGUGCACAGAUUUGGCAGCUAUUGCAUGACCUGUGUACUCAUAGGACGAAAAUCACUUGUGCUGCAUUUCAGAUAUUACAUUUUACAUGUGUUAAGUUACAUGAAAUGUGUGUCUCUAUGUUUGAGAAAAGCAUCCGUAAAGGGGAGGACCUUAGAUCACUUAGACUGACAUAAAUCUGUUUAAUUGGAAUUGCUCUGUAAAUCACUGCCCUCCUUCUAUAGGAUCCAAUUCCCUUAGAAUUCCAGGUAUUUGGUGCUGUGAAACUUAACAUAAGAGUAAUACAGCUAUUUUGAAUAUUAAGCCUAUUUUUGAUGCACUCCUAAAGGUGAACUGUAACUUUUGCACAUUUGGAUAUUAAUGGACCACCAAUAAAUAAGAGUGUUAUAUGGAUUUUUUUAAGUAGGGAGAAGGGAAACUGGACUACUAAAUCUUUUAAAGGUUUAACUAAAAGUAUUUUAUAUUAGGCUUUAAAGAAAUUAAAUGUUUAAAACUUGUCUAAGAUUUUUUUCUCUCUCGUGUGAUCCUUUUUCCAGUGUGUUAUAAAAGGUUACCAUUUUAUAUUUGGAUCAGUAAAAGAUUUUAAAAACUUUGUUUCAUGCUGUUAACUGGUACUGAAUUGUUCAAUCAUGCAAUUGUGGCCUGUAACUUUUGGUGCACUAAAUUAAUUGAAAGUGCCUGUGGGUUCUUCUUUCAUGGUAUGUUAAACGUUCUGGGAUUAGAUAGAUACUGGAUUUUGCUUUUGUGGUAUUGAACCUUGAGGUGAAAUUACUUUGUGUAGUGUAGUUCAGCACAUGUAUGAGAUGAUAUUCUGGGGUAGCCAGCAUACUGGUAUCUUUCAGCUGUGCACUAUGUUUUUUAAACUGGAUAUAUGUUCAGGAGUUUCAGUGGUAAAAAAAUAAAGGGUUUAAGAAGUUGUUGCUGGGUAUUUGAUCAGAAUAAGCAUGCACUAUUUUGUUGUUAAGUUGUGGAAAUGUUUGCUUUAAUCAACAACUCCCCUCCAAAGUUUCACAUGAUUUAUGCAAUUCAGAUUUUCCAGUCUGCAGUACUCUUAUCGAUUUAAAACUGUGUGUAAUGCUUGACAAAGAAUGCAAAAAAAGUAACAAUGCAGAUAUAUUUGAAUGAAGUGUCCACUACUUCAGUGAAGUAGUCAUACAAUUAAGUUAUGUCCUGGUGGUACAGAUUCCAACCUUUAUGAAAUUAAUCGUUUAGAGGUAAAGUUGUGAGAAAACUUACUUUAGCCUACAUACCUGUGGCCUGCUGUCUCCUUCACAUUCUUCAGCUGGUAACAGAAGGGGGUUGUCCCCCUGUGCUUCACCCCAAUUCAUUUGGGACUCUCAAAGGCCCAGUUCAUACUGUCAUCACACCUUAAAACAAGCCAUGGUGGCUUGUUUUAAACUGUGACAUGUGAUGGGCACUGUUUGCCUUAUUACCUGCCUGGGUUCUGGUUGUUGUGUCAUCCAAACCUGGGUAGCAUGGUUUAUUGGGAAGGGGAAAGAACUCUUAAACAAUCCAACAACAGGCCAUAGCACCUGAUAAAUGGCAACCGGCACAUGUCAGCAAACUUCACAGCUUAAACAAGCCACUGUGGCUUGUUUAAGCUGCAGUGAUUGUGUAAACCAGGUCAUUGUCCUUCCACAUUCUCCACACAGAAUUUACUUUGCUGCUUGCUUUCAGUUGCCCUAGCCCAAAAAUCUCAUGGGCCGAAGGCAGUGGUAUAGGGCCAAAUAGAUUGUUACACACUUUUAAAAAUAGAAUUAGUUUUAAAAUGAACAAAAAUAAUUCAGCUGCUGCCCUCUUAAUUGCUUAAACUCUAUCAAAACUUGAGAGAUAAAAAAUAUCCAGGAGUCAUCACCAUGGCAAGGUAACCUCUUUUAUUCCAUGCCAUUUAAAAGUUCCAGGGAGAUUUUUUCUCAAUACUAUAAUGACCAGCAAUUACCUGCUUUCUGAGUGCCAGAGAGAGAGAGAGAGAGAGAGCGCUAGGUGUAUUCCAGCGACAUGUGCAUUCGCAUGUAAGCCCUAAUUUCAGCUUGCCCAAGGGACUCUCAGUAAUGAGCUGUAUUGGUUUGCAUCUUGAAGCAUGAAACUUGCAACUCGCUUAGUCCAUCCUGAUAUCUGGUUUCUGGUAAAUGGUUUAUCUAAUUGCCUGUAGCUAAAUGAUCUCUAUCCAAAUUAAUUUAUCCUAGAUAAGUGUUCCCCACAAAACACUUUGUCUAUGGCUAUGUCUAAACCACUUCCUUGUGAUCUUUUGUAAUUUACAUGAGGGGGCUUAUUCUGCACUCAAACAUCUUUGUCCUCCAUUUUUGGAUUGUGUGCAAUCAAGAGAUACAAGCAUUUUAAUCAUUGGUGCAGACUCAAUCUUGUAUUCUCCUGAUCCCGUUGUCUCCUCUCUCUCUUUUGUUUGUUAGACUUUUUUGUGUAGAUUUCCACCAUUGCACCUACUAAUUUUGUCUGCCAGCAGGUUAAAAAAAUGAAACUUAGCAUCUGACAACUGUGAUUGUGAAAUCUGCCACUUUAGACUUUCUUUCAAGGUUAGAAGCCUCUCCACGUAUCAACGUACUGGUUAUAUUUAUUGAACGGUACAUGGGUGCAAAUGUGUGAAUUCAACAUGUUAAUAAAAUAAAAUCUCAAGCUUGCAGUCUUGAGGGGAAAGCACCUGCGUACAGAAACUUGUAAUGCUUACCUUGGUCGGCUGAGACUAAAAAUUGAAAAGAAUGUUAGUAUGGACAAAGUUUAAUGAUCGAGUUGUAGCAAUGCCAAACUCCAGUUGACUUGUUUCAAGUUGAUUCAAUAUAGCAGCACCUUUACAUUUGUUAACCAUAAGCUAAACAUUUACAAGCAGUGUUUGUAAAUUAUGUUGAUUUGCCUUCUCAUUUACAUGUGAACUAAUAAGUUGAAUGUUAUAAUAAGAAAUCUAGAUUAGUAGCAUACAUUUUAACUUGUAACAAAUUUAACCAAUAGGUAUUUGAAACCUUAUUUUUCACAAAUAUGUACUUUGUGGGAGAAACUGAAUUGGAAUGUUUGUGUUGCCAUACUUUGAUAUAGUGUUAGAUUUCCUGGUUCUGGUACAGUUUUAACACUGCAUGUUCAUUUUUAUUCUGUUUUGGUAUUGCCAAUUUUCAAUAAUGAAUUGGAAGCGAAGCAGCGCUCUUAUGGACUUCUUUUAAAAUCAAACUGCUUAAAUUGUUCAGUAACGUGGGAAAAUAUUUGUGGUUGAUAAAUUGUUAGGAUCUCUUAUUUAUCAGUACUUUUUUAUAUAAAAUUGAUGACGAUUGUUAAAUUAUUUUAGAACCUGUGGUGUUUUCUGUAAAUGUCACAUUUGUUAAUAAAUUGACUUCAGUAACAAAAUAUAACAAAGCUAUCAGACUACUGCAUUUAGUGCACUUCAAAAAGUAAAUUGUUAAUAAUGAAUGAAACUAUUUUUGCAUAUUAAGUCUUGUUCUUUACUGUUGAAAUCACAGAAACCUAAGUGAAGUUAAAAUAAACAAACAAAAGUAG